AUGAUCCAAAUGGCGGCGAGCAACCAGGAUGUCUCCUCGUGGAAUGGCUUCCAAUGGCGGCGAAAGAUGGAGACCUUUGGAGACAAUGAUGAAUCGGUGGUGGCAGUCGGCGCGACCGGUGAUAUUGAGGGCAUCUGUCAACAUGGUGAGCUGACAGACAAGGGUCGUGAAACCACCUUUGCUCUCGGCCAGCGCCUGAGGCAUCUCUACGUAGAUCAACUUGGAUUCAUGCCAAAGAUCAAGACUGACACCGAGGACAUGUAUCUCCGCACCACGCCCAUCCCGCGCGCUCUUGAGUCCCUUCAACAAGCCUUCUGGGGCAUGUACCCUUCCGGCGCUCGCACACAAGAUUUCUCAGCCCCCGUGAUUGUUGCUCGUUCGGUGUCGGAAGAGACGCUCUUCCCUAACGAGGGCAACUGUCGUCGGUUUAGGCAACUCGGGAAGCUUUUCGCCGACAGGGCCGCACUUCGAUGGAACGACACCGAUGAAAUGAACUAUAUCAACAGUCUUUUGUCCAAGUGGAUGCCGGAAAGCUCCCCCAAGGUCGCCGUUGACUCUCAUCCUCGUCUGUCGGGCAUUGCAGACACCAUCAACGCCAGUCUCGCUCACGGUCCCGCCACAAAACUCCCCUCGGAGUUCUACGACAAGAAGACCCGGCAACAUCUGAACACGAUCGCCGUGGACGAAUGGUUCGCCGGAUACACGGAAAGCAACGAGUACCGGAAGCUCGGCAUUGGAGGCCUGAUGGGCGACGUGGUCGACCGCAUGGUCAGCACCGCUGUGGAUGGCGGCUGGCGUAGCGAGACCUCGGCCUCCGGCUCCUCCACUGAGCAUGGAAAGGCCAUCAAGUUCGCAAUGAGCGGAUGCCACGACACGACGCUGGCCGCCAUCCUGGGCAGCACGGGAGCGUUCGACGGAAUCUGGCCGCCUUUCACCUCUUCCAUUGCCAUUGAACUCUUCUCCAAGGCCAAGCACGGCUCUGAGGACAACGCAGGGGUCAUGUUGGAGGAAUUCUCCAGUCCUUCCAUUGCCACCAAAAAGCCCGGCUUCUUCUCCUUCCUGGGUGGUGGCUCUUCUUCCAACAACAACACCCCGCCUGCGCCUUCUGACACAGCCCGUGCCCCUCUCUCAUCGUUCCCCGACUCCGCACGUCAGACCAUGAAGCAGCACUAUGUCCGUAUCCGCUACAACGACCGCCCCGUCCGCAUCCCCGGCUGCGCCGCUAAGCCCCAGAACCAUCUCCCUGGCGACGACACCUUCUGCACACUAGACGCGUUCAAGGAGAUCGUCGACAAGUUCACUCCGAAGAACUGGAGCAGUGAAUGCGUACAGAACCUCGGCGAGGGACUCUACGGUAAGGACGAGAAGGAGAAGAUCCAAGCUGGUUUCUAA